AAAACCCCCCAGCUGGUUUACUGUUUCUUCCCUGACGUUACAAAGUCACAAGACUCACACCAGCUCUUUCUUUCUUCACUAUUCCUCCAUUAGAAACCUCUCUCCUACCUUCAUUUUCAACAAGUUUACAAGCUUCAGGAGUCUUAAGCACCAGACCAAACCUUAUUUGAUCUUCUUAUUUCUUUUGUUUUUCCUCAUCAAUUUCUUUAUACAUCAACUUUGCAUAUUAUUUUACAGUUUCUAACUCGGUUUUGUUUUCGUCUUUUUCCUUUUCGAUCUUCUGGGGUUGGAGAAUGGAGCAUGAAAGCAUAGACUGGAACAACAUCGAAUCGAUAUUCGAGGAAGAUGACACAUACGAGAAUAUAAAUGCGCCUAAAUGGGUUGAUCUUUCUGCUCCAUGUGAAACUAUGGAUGAUGAAGCCUGGUUCUGCAAGCCUGGCUGCAAGCAUCCCAAGAGUGCAGAAGAUUACCUUAAAUCAAAGCACUACUCUAAGUUGCUAAGGUCUAUGACUAUAUCUGAGAUUCUUCCUUUCAGGGAUAGAACUCGCAGAGAAGCGAAGGCUAAAAAUGGAGAAAAAGGGUCUAAAUCUCCAGAAAAUGUAAAUGAAGACAAUGAGAACAGGAACCCAAACUUAUCUACUCCACCUCUAAGUGCCAAGACUAUGCAUAAGAAAUUGGCAAAGAAAUCAUCCAUGGAGGAGAAAACUCAGUUGGAUGAUUUAAGAGACAAUUCAGCCAAGUCUGAUAAGAAGCGAGGUUUAAAGAAUACCUUCUCCGCGCGUAAUUUAGUAGCAGGACGAGAAAUUUUAAGUCAGAUAACAGAAUUCUGCGCUGAAUUGAAGAAAAUGGCAAGGAAAGGUUCAAAAAAAGGGGCACCAGAGAAGGCUCCGAAUGGUGUUCUGGGUGAAUUGAAGGAGAGGGUAAGAGAAGGAGAAAGGAUGCCUCUGCUUGUGGUUAAAGAAAGGAAGUCUAAAGAGCAAGUGUAAAUCAAACAGGGGAAAUAGAGAAUUGUUAUUGAACAAGCACUAAAAAGUUUUGUGACAGUAGGACCUAGUUGCAUUGUUAUUAUUUUUUAUGUUUUUUCAUCAACAGAUAAUCUUGGACAGAUUUGUGACAAAUUCUCAGAGAUAAAUACCUGUAUACAAUUUUGUCAACUAUAAAUUUAUUUCAUCCUUGAGAUUUCUCAUC